UAGUAUUGGUCAAAAGUUUGAGCAAGUAGCACCGAUACGAUAUAUUAUCAUGGUUGUAAAUUAUCUUUUGCUAAUCGCUACGUCAAUAGCAGUUUUGUUCUGGAUUUACGCUAGAUAUAAGUUGAGUUACUGGAAGAGACGCGGCGUUGAAUCUCUAGAGGCCAACUUGAUUUUUGGCAACUUCAAGGAUGCCGUACUCUUCCGCUCUGCGCCAGGAUGGCACGUUGGUCAACUACACAAGGCCGCUCGGCCGGAUGUGCCUUUCGUUGGAUUUUACAUUUUCCACAAGCCUUGUUUAUUACUGCGCGAUCCUAAAAUUAUUAAACAAUUUAUGAUUCGCGACUUCGAGAAUUUCUCCGACCGACAUUUCGCAGGUUCCACACAAAAAGACAGUAUUGGCAUGAAGAAUCUAUUCGGUCUUAAAAAUCCGAUUUGGAAAUAUUUACGCUCUAAAAUCACACCGACUUUAACAAAAGGCAAGCUGAAGCAAAUGUUACCGCUGAUGUUAGAAGCUGGAGCGCCGAUGAUGAAGUAUCUAAGGAGUUGGCCAGUAGAUUCUGACAACAUCAGGCUGGUAAACGCCCAGGAGCUUAGUUACACAUUUACGACCGAUUUAAUCGCUUCAGUCGCUCUCGGCACUAAAAUGAAUUCUUUCAAUUGUCCAAACACGGAGUUUACUCUGGCAGUCAGAGAUACUCUCGCAGUUUCCGAGUUCUUUCACUCGUUCAAGAGGAUGGUUGCCCUAGUGACAGUGUUCUUCAUCCCGGAAUUGGUGGAACUAAUCGGCACGAGAAUGUUAUUUAACUCGUCCUUUGUAAAGAAAAUUUUCUGGGAAGCUAUGGAAAAUCGCGAGAAAACCGGCAACAAACGAGGUGACUUCAUCGAUUCGUUAAUUGAGUUAAAACAUUGCGAGCAGAAUCCCGAUUAUAAGUUUGAAGGUGAAAAUCUAUUGUAUCAAUCUGGCACUUUCUUCUCUGGCUUUGAGUCAAGCGCCACUUGCAUGUCCUUCACUUUGAUGGAAUUGGCGAAUCAUCUCAAUUAUCAAGAGUUGGCUCGCCAAGAUAUCAACAGAGCAAUCGACAAAUACGGUUGGACAUACGAAGCGUUCCAAAACAUGAAGUAUCUAAAUCAAACGAUUGCUGAGAGUCUGAGAUUACAUCCACCUGUGUCUACUAUCGACAGAUACACUCGUCAAGACUACAAGAUUCCUGGCACUGAUAUUGUUAUCGAAAAAGGUACACCAAUAUACAUCUCUUUGUACGGUCUUGGAGAAGACCCACGGUACUGGGACGAACCGAAAAUGUACAAUCCUGAUAGAUUUGCUGAAAGUAAUCACAUCCCUGACGCUUACAUACCAUUCGGAACGGGUCCGAGAAUGUGCGUAGGAAUGAAAGUAGGGCAGUUGCAUGCAAAAAUUGUAUUGGCAAUGAUCUUGCGUGAAUACGAGGUUUGGCAAGAUAAAGAGCAAAUAAGCGUUCUGGAUACGCGAUCAACGUUUACAGCAGCGGGCAACGGAAUUAACUUGUAUUUUAAACAAAUAGCAUUCACAGACAAAUUGUCAGUGAGAAAACUAACAAUGACAAUACUGACCGGCUGCGCAGCUUGCAACGUACUCCUGAUAUUCUCGUUGUUUCUGGCGGUGUUUUACUUCUGGAUGAAAUGGAAACACACCUAUUGGCAGAGACACGGAGUACGCUCGUUACCCGCGCACUGGUUCUUCGGCCAUUUCAAGGACGCAAUAUUGAUGCGCAAGUCGCCAGCAGUGACUCUUGGCGAGUUAUAUCAACAAGCCAAUUGCGAUGAUGACGUCCUUGGAAUUUAUAUACUGCACAAGCCGUUUCUGCUGGUAAGAAAUCCAGAGCUGAUCAAGCAAAUAAUGAUCAAAGAUUUUCACGUGUUCCCGAAUCAUCACUUUACCGCGAGAAGCAAAUCUGACACAAUCGGCGGUUGGAGUCUCUUUUCUAUAGAUAAUCCCAAAUGGAAGUACCUGAGAACAAAAAUGUCACCGGUGUUCACGAGUGGUAAGUUAAAGAGCAUCUUUCUGCUGAUGAAAGAAUCUGGAGAAAAGAUGAGAGAUCAUCUACGCGAUCGAUUUACAAAUAGUUCCAAGAUAUCCAUUAACGCCAAAGACACGUUCUAUAAAUAUACUACCGACAUAAUAUCUUCCGUGGCGUUUGGGAUUCGCACGAAUUGCUUUGAUCCGCAAGAGCCAGAGUUUUAUAAAAAUUCACGUCUAGCUUUUCAAGUGACUUUUCUGAGAGCUUUUCGAUUCUUCAUCAUGUUUUUUUUGCCGGAUUUUGGGAAAUAUGUAGGCGGGCAGAUACUCGGAGAUUAUACGAAUUAUUUCCGCAAAGUCUUUUGGGAUUCAAUGGACAGUAGAAGCGUCACGAAGAUAAAACAAGGAGAUCUAAUAGACUCUCUUUUACAGUUAAAGAACGAACCAGAUGACGCUCCGUUCCGAUUUGAAGGAGACGCUCUCGUCGCCCAAGCAGCGAUUUUUUUUGUAGCCGGUCGCGAGACCAGCAUCACUACUAUGACCUAUACUCUCUGCGAGCUGGCUAAACAUCCGGAGAUGCAAAAACGUGUAAGGCAGGAGAUACUCGAGAAAAUUGAAGCAGCGAACGGUGCUGUCACAUACGACGUGGUUCACGAGAUGAAAUAUUUGCAUCAAGUGAUAAACGAGACACUACGAUUGUAUCCACCUGCGCCAAUUCUCGACAGAGUUCCUAUUACGAAAUACACAUUUCCUAACACGAAAAUAACUAUUGAGAAAGGAACACCAGUGUACGUCGCAUUGCGCGGUCUUCACACUGAUCCCAGAUAUUUCUCAAAACCUACUAGUUUCGAUCCGGAACGAUUCAGCGACGAAAGGAAAAACGAGAUCGUAUCCUGUACUUAUUUACCUUUUGGCGAGGGUCCGCGAAAUUGUAUAGGUAUGCGACUGGGAAAUUUGCAAACUGCUGUAGGACUGAUAACAAUUCUACGUGAUUACGAAGUUUCUUUGAAUCCUGAAUGGUUAAUCACUGUGGAUAAACGGAAUGUAUUUACUACGCCACCACCGGGUUUUUUGUUAGACUUGAAGAAACCAUAGAAUAGAAUACCGUACAUUUAUACAAUUGCUCUUAUCUUCAAAUGACGUCAUGUGUUACGUUUAUGCGCUUUUUUUAGAAAAUAAAUACUGCAACAAUAAAGAAAAGUUUUUUGUCA